AGUAAAAAUCGUCGCACCAUUCACUAAAAAUCGUUGCAUCAUUCACUCAAAAAAAGGAAUUAUAUUAUAAACCAUUCAACUUGUUAACCGAAUUUGUUCCCCCUUUCUUCAAGACAAUCAAACAAACAAUUACAUUAUUUUUCAGUACUCCCAAUUUUGAUUCUGUCAUGAAAAUGAUAAAAAAAAAAACGUGGAUUGUACAUGUUAAAUAAAGCAUGCAUGGUUUAGCUGGUUCAACCAAGCCAAAGCAAUAUCAACAAUGGCAACAUCCAUCCCAAACAAAUCUUCAUCCAACGCUACCCGACCACCUCAGGCAGUAAAAUUUGCCCGCAGGACAUCAAGCGGUCGAGUUAUGAGCUUAUCCAGGGACGAUGACAUAGACAUCUCCGGAGACCUAUCAAACCAAAAUGACUAUAUCAAUUACACAGUUCUUAUGCCACCAACACCUGAUAACCAGCCAGGGUCAGAGCCCUCUUCAGACUCUAAACCUGAGGGGCAACAAGGCACAUAUGGGACAUCUCGGUUCACCUCAGACUCACAACGUAUGAGAAGUCGAGGAGGGGAAGAGGAAGGUGGCGUGAAUGAGCCUGGAAUGGGGGCGAAAUUAGAUAGAAGGAUAUCAGUAAUGAAGUCAGCAGACAAUAAGUCCAUGUUGUUAAGGAGCCAGACGGGGGAUUUUGAUCAUAAUCGUUGGCUGUUUGAGUCAAAAGCAAGGUAUGGGAUUGGAAAUGCGUUUUGGCAAGAGGAUGAUGGGGAUCAAUACGGAACAGAUGGUGGAGUCACAAUGUCGGAUUUCAUGGACAAGCCAUGGAAGCCACUCACUAGGAAGGUUAAGGUUCCGCCUGGAAUCCUUAGCCCUUACAGGUUGUUGAUAGUGAUACGUUUGGUAGCUCUAUUUCUUUUCCUUGCUUGGCGUUGGAGAAACCCAAAUCCUGAUGCAGUGUGGCUCUGGGGAAUUUCCAUUGUUUGUGAGUGUUGGUUUGCCUUUUCUUGGCUGCUAGACAUCCUUCCCAAGCUCAAUCCUAUCAACCGAGCCACUGACCUUGCUGCCCUCCAUGACAAGUUCGAGCAGCCUUCUCCCUCCAACCCAACUGGCCACUCGGACCUUCCUGGCGUCGACGUCUUCGUCUCUACCGCUGACCCUGAGAAGGAACCUCCCCUUGUGACUGCCAACACCAUUUUAUCCAUCCUGUCUGCUAACUAUCCUGUGGAAAAACUCUCUUGCUAUAUUUCAGAUGAUGGUGGUGCCAUACUCACAUUUGAGGCCAUGGCCGAGGCAGUUCGUUUUGCUGAGGUGUGGGUGCCAUUUUGCCGAAAACAUGACAUUGAACCGAGGAAUCCAGACAGCUACUUCAACUUGAAAACUGAUCCAACCAAGAAUAAGAAACGGCCUGAUUUCGUGAAGGAUCGUCGCUGGAUCAAGAGAGAGUACGAUGAGUUCAAGGUAAGGAUCAAUGGUCUCCCUGAGGUAAUACGUAAACGGAGUGAAAUGUACAACUCAAGGGAGGCAACGAAGGAGAAAAGGCUUGCCAAAGAGAAGAAUGGUGGCUCACUGCCACCAGAUUUCAAGGUCGAGAAGGCCACCUGGAUGGCCGAUGGAACGCACUGGCCUGGGACAUGGUUCAAUCCAAUUGCUGACCAUUCCAAGGGAGACCAUGCUGGAAUCUUGCAGGUGAUGAGUAAAGUCCCAGAUUAUGAACUAGUGAUGGGUCACCCGGAUGAGAAAAAGUUAGACUUCACAGGGGUAGACAUCAGGAUACCAAUGUUCUCGUACGUUUCAAGAGAGAAGCGGCCAGGUUUUGACCACAACAAGAAGGCUGGAGCCAUGAAUGGAUUGGUUAGAGCUUCAGCAAUAUUGUCCAAUGGACCAUUUAUCCUGAAUUUGGAUUGUGACCAUUACAUAUAUAAUUCUCUAGCCAUUAAGGAAGGAAUGUGCUUCAUGAUGGAUCGUGGCGGUGACCGUAUUUGUUACAUUCAGUUUCCACAGAGAUUUGAAGGGAUUGAUCCAUCAGACCGAUAUGCAAAUCAUAACACUGUCUUCUUUGAUGGAAGCAUGAGAGCGCUUGAUGGUCUUCAAGGCCCGGUGUAUGUAGGAACUGGGUGCAUGUUCCGACGUUAUGCACUCUAUGGAUUCCACCCACCAAGGGCAAAUGAGUAUUUAGGCAUGUUUGGGCAAAUCAAGGCUCCAGCUCCAAGUGUUCCAAAUAAGCCACAGUCUGAAGAAGAUGAAUCGCAGCUCUUAAAUGUGCAUCCUGACCUGGACCUUCCACGGAAGUUUGGUAAUUCAACCAUGUUCAUAGAAAGCAUAGCCGUGGCUGAGUUCCAAGGACGUCCCCUUGCUGAUCAUGCUUCCGUGAAGAAUGGUCGACCUCCAGGUGCAUUGCUCGCUCCACGCCCACCACUUGAUGCACCUACUGUCGCUGAGGCAGUUGCUGUCAUUUCCUGCUGGUAUGAAGAUAAGACCGAAUGGGGAGAGAAAGUAGGUUGGAUUUAUGGCUCUGUGACAGAGGAUGUGGUGACAGGCUACAGGAUGCACAAUCGUGGAUGGCGGUCUAUAUACUGUGUUACAAAGCGUGAUGCAUUUAGAGGAACUGCGCCAAUCAACCUCACUGACCGCCUUCACCAGGUCCUGAGAUGGGCUACUGGUUCAGUGGAAAUCUUCUUCUCUAGAAACAAUCCUUUGCUUGCAACUCGGCGCCUCAAGUUCCUACAACGCAUUGCAUAUCUUAAUGUUGGCUUCUAUCCAUUCACCUCUAUCUUCUUGGUUGUUUACUGCUUCCUCCCAGCUCUUUCUCUCUUCUCAGGGCAGUUCAUUGUCCAGGGCCUAAAUGUAGCAUUCCUUUUUUACCUACUCAUCAUCACUUUAACACUCACCCUCAUUUCCCUUCUAGAAGUGAAGUGGUCUGGCAUUGGCCUUGAGGAGUGGUGGCGGAAUGAACAAUUCUGGGUCAUUGGUGGCACAAGUGCCCACCUGGUGGCUGUCAUCCAGGGUCUCCUAAAAGUAGUAGCUGGCAUUGAGAUCUCUUUCACGUUAACCUCAAAAUCAGCCGGCGAAGAUGAGGAUGACAUUUAUGCCGAUCUUUAUCUUGUCAAAUGGACCAGCCUCUUCAUAAUGCCACUGACGAUCAUAAUUGUUAACCUCGUGGCAGUAGUGAUUGGGUUCUCAAGAACUAUAUACAGUGUCAUACCACAGUGGAAUAAACUGUUCGGAGGGCUAUUCUUCAGCUUUUGGGUGUUAUGCCACAUGUACCCUUUUGCCAAGGGAUUGAUGGGGAGAAGAGGAAGGGUGCCCACAAUCGUAUAUGUUUGGUCAGGUCUUGUGUCAAUUACUGUAUCUUUGCUUUGGAUAUCAAUCAGUCCUCCAGAUGGAAAUACUAGCAGCUCUGCUGGUGGUGGAAGUGUUCAAGUAUAAGGACUGAAAACUU